AUGAAAAAAACAACUGUAAAAGCUAAAGGAGAUAAGGGUGAUUUUUCAUCAUUUGUAAACAAACGACUAAGAAUAGUCCUCGCUUUAAAAGAGGAAAGAGCGAUUGAGUAUACAAUUAGAGGAAGCAAAGAUCAACUCUUAAGCAUUGACUAAACAUGCUUGUUAGGAAAAGGAAAAAAGAAGAAAAAGAUGACUUAGAUUAUCAGAAAUAUCAUUACUAGACCUGAUAAUCCCAGUUAUAUUGAGAUCUAGGAAAACAAUGAUGUUGUGUAAACAACAAUAGAAGAGUUUACAGGAACUAAUUGA